GUGAGCCCGCGCUGAUGAAACAAGGGGACUUCUCCGUCUUUGUUUCUCCUAUCAUCAGCUUCUGCACUAUUAUAGUCGGUUGUUUGAAGAAGUUAUUGAAUCCAUCUUCUUCUGAUCCCUAUUCUUUUAAAGUUUCGUCCCUGUGUUUUCAUAUCAUGAUAUUUGAUCAUUGACGCUCGCUACGAAAUACCUCGAUUUCCGCCCUCGCUCGUUCAGCAAGUCUUUCGUUUCUUCUAGUGUCUAAUAUUGAUAUCAAACCGACCUUUGGGAAAAUCAUACAUAUUUGAUCAUAUCUUUCGACUUUAAAUCGCCAUGGUUUUCAAACAUUCACAGCAGAACUCGAUCCUACUCGCCACCUCCAUUCUACUCUCGCCCGUCUUCUCAGCGGGCUACAGCACAACGAACAACUUCGUAGACCCAAAGGACAACAACAAAGACUGUGAUUGCUAUGUCCUAUCGUCAGGGCAGGAUUCUCAAACUCCCCAGUACUUCCAAUACUACCGAUUCUAUGACUUCCGUGGCUUUGCCGACAAACCGGGACAAUACGUCGAUACUCCGCCUUUGGUAAAUGACACGCAGGACGCAGGCUCAGAGCCCGUCUGGAACGCCGAAAUUCUGAACAGCACCUCCUGGAACACGGACUGGAGCAUCCAGAACUGGAGCAAGCCCGCGACCGAGGAGUUCCCCGUCCGCAUGGUGAAUUCGCCCGCCAACAUCUUCAUAUCUCAGAGCGACGACGACGACAGUAACAACAAUGGAGGUAACCCCUUCACGUGGCUCACGCUCCGUACCAGCCGCCUCGACGACUUCCAAUCCGCCGGCGAGAUCGAAAACAACCAGCAGAACGUCAAGCACUGCAGCAUGCGGAUGUACGCGCGGGUGACGGGGUCAAAGGGCGCAGUGGCGGGCUUCUUCACCUUCUUUGACGACGACAACGAGUCCGACAUUGAGAUCCUGACCAACGACCCCACGGACACAGUCCGGUAUACGAACCAACCGGCCGUGAACAAGAAGUCUGGCGACGAGAUCGCAGCCGCGUCGAAGGAGGUCGCGAGUCUGCCGCCCUGGGACGAGUGGCAGACUCAUAGGAUCGAUUGGUUGGACAAGAAUUCGUAUUGGUUCCUCAAUGGGAAGCAGGUGGCUGCUAAUACUUACUCCGUUCCGAGGAAGCCAUCGUACGUGGUCAUGAACAUGUGGAGUGAUGGCGGGUCAUGGAGUGGGAACAUGUCAAAGGGUGACUCGGCAGAGCUCCAAAUUCAGUGGAUCGAGAUGACGUUUAAUACUAGCGGGCCUGUUGGCGGUCCUGGAGGUGGCACGCACGACAAGAGGGGGAAGGGUCUCAUGGAAAAGAGGAAAGCAAAGGGCUGUGAGACCGUUUGCAAAAUUGAUGGCGUUAAGGAGACGGGGCACCCCGAGGUUGUCAGUGUGAAUAAGAGUUCUGCGAGCGAACUGGCUGUGUCUUGGGGCCUGUUGAUCGUGGUUGGACUGGCGUCUGUUGCUAUGGGAUUGUAGGAAGGUGAUGAGGAACCAUUUGAUCUGCGAUGUUCUGUAAUUGGAUUUGGAAUGAAUAUAAUGGUAUGGUUUCUGGAAAUAUGACUUUGGUUCUGGUAUAGUUCAUAUAGUUCAUUUAGCGUAGCAUCAUAACGUUAGGCAGUGCUUGGGAGUAAAGUAAAGACACCCGAUUCCAUGUCCUCUCUCUUGAAGCAAGUCAGCGGUUGUUUGCUAUCAUCGAAGUGACAUCGAGUAAAUGGGCUCAUAGAAAGCAAGCAGGAAACGAAUCACAAUAGG